AUGCUGUGUGCAGCAGCUCUAGGGCUUUUGUACAGUAGUGGAAGGGCCGAAAACAAGUUCGAAGGGUCCAAAAUGUAUACACAGGAUUUGAAUAAAGCAGAGACAACUGAUAUUUCAACUGAUUUUUGCUUCUGUCUUUCAAUCAUGAACUCAUCUCAGCUUUCUUUUCUUUUCUCUUAUGUGGGGGUAAAACCAGAUUGCUUUUUCUUUGACAUGUACAAGAAACGUAUGGAGAGUAAACUUUACAAUUUCAUGCUUUGGAAGGAGUCUGGCUCACCAACCAGCAUGAAAGUUGAUCAGUAG